CUCUGGAGACCGAGGUAGAUUCUUGAGGGUGGGUCCUUUCUCACGGAUCUCGAUACAUGCUGUGAUAUACCCUGACCCUCUUGUCUACCAUACCAUCGCCGAUUCUGGAUACCUGACCAACUGUCUGCUGUCCUUCACCCGGACUAUAUCCGCACUGCUCCAUCUUCUCACGAAGCAGCGAGUCGCAAUGUCGCUUGCCUCAUGGAUCUCCAACUUCGUUGCUUCCAUUACUGAUACCUUCGGCUAUGUCCUGCCCCUCACGGUGCUGUAUCUGUUGUACUUGAUCAUCAGAUACCCUAAUAGGCUGGUGGGCACACACAGUGAUCGAGCCUAUGUCUGGACUGUUCCCGGCUAUCCCCUCAUCGGAAAUUUGGUCGAUGUGGCCAGAAGAGGAACAAAGAAGCAGUUUGAUCACUUCCUGUAUCUUGCAAAUUCCUGUCCCCCUGGCAAGCCAAAUUUCUCCUGGACUGUUCCUCCUGUGGGCAGGAUUGUCUUCCUCAAUCAUCCCGCAUACAUCGAGCACAUCCAGAAGACCAACUUCAACAAUUAUGUCAAGGGUGACUUCUUGAAGAACGCCUUCGGAGAUUUCAUCGGUACAACGGGCAUCUUUGUGACUGAUGGCGAGGAGUGGAAGAGGAGCCGAAAGAUGGCCAGCAGAGUCUUCUCUGUGGGCCAAUUUCGCCGCGUCGUCACCACUGUUGUCCAUGAGGAAUUACACUCAGUAAAUGGUGUGCUAGAUGCCAUGACUGGCGAGGCAGGACAAGGUACCAUUGCUCUGCCAAACUUGUUCUUCCGCUACACCCUCUCGUCCUUCGCCAAGAUGGCAUUUGGCGCAGACAUCCAGUGCCUCAAACCAGACCCUGCAUGUCUGCAGGAAGACGUACCUUUCGCCACGGCCUUUGAUUCGGCGCAAGAACAUAUCAACAACCGCUUCACGAAGCCCGGCUGGCAACUGUGGGAGAAAUACACUCCAGGAGGCAAGCAGAUGGUGGCCUGGACAAAGGUCAUGCGAGACUUUGCCAGGAAGAUCAUCGAUGAUCGGCUCAUGCUGCUGGACCUCAAGGAAAAGGCUCGUGGCGAGGAGAUGCAGGACAGGGGAAUCGCAAUGGGCCAGUCUGAGGCGGCACUGAAUGAAAAGAGUCAGAGAGCGGGCAUGGCGCCUGGAGAUGGCAAUGAUAAGGACCUGCUGGGGCUCUUCAUGGAUAUGACAAGAGACCCCGAAGAGCUGCUGGAUGUGGUGCUCAACUUCAUCAUCGCUGGAAGAGACACGACUGCCCAGUCCCUCUCGUGGUUCUUCAUCGAGCUCUUCGCUCACCCCGAGCACGUACAACCAAUUCUGGAUGAAAUCGCCCUGCUCUUCCCCUCGUCAGCUACGGACACAAGCACCCCCAAUUACCUCGCAUACGACGAUCUUCGCCAGCUACCGUACAUGCAGGCCUGCCUAGCAGAGUCUAUCCGACUCCACCCUCCCGUUCCCAAAAACUCGAAGAGCGCCCUUCAGGACGAUGUCAUUGUUCCUCUCAACAGUGCUGGCACCUCCACUACGCCUCCUCCGGUCAAGGUCUUCAAGGGAGAGAUGGUCGCGUGGUCUGACUGGGUCCUAGCGCGACUGCCCACCGUCUGGGGAGAGGACUGCGCCGAGUACAAGCCCUCUCGCUUCCUCCUGGCCGACGAAAGUGGUCCGGGAGGCUGGCGCUUCAACUCCAAUCUGGGUCCAUGGAAGUUCCACGCUUUCAACGGAGGCCCGCGCCUCUGCCUCGGUAUGACAUUGGCCUACUUUGAGGCAAUGGCGGUGCUUACGCUCAUACUUCCCAAAUGGGACGUGAAGUGGGCAGCCCCCCACGAGGGGCAGGUCUGUCUAGGCAAGAGACCUCCUCCGGCGGGGAGAUCCGCGGAGGAAGAACAGAGGGACGGGUGGGAAUGGCCGCCCAACUAUAAGAGUAGUCUUACGCAUCCUUGUGAGGACUACAGUGCCACUUUUGUCCGCAGGUGAGAUGAGAUGAGGUGGGUAUUUGUAUCAUAAUGCGAGAGAUGAGAGGACGCGUGAGAGAGCUGGACUGAUGUGCCUGUUGAGCGAGCGUGUUUAAUAAUACUAUCUGCUGAACACACUGCCGAAAAGAUUUGCUGAACGACGACGAU